AUGACCGCCACCAACGGUACCAACGGCACCAAUGGCUCACACGCCAAACUACAAGGCAACAAAGCUGAAACAAUCGUCAACGCGGCAUACAAUGGAAAGUACGCCAUCGCAGCAGUAUGCUGCUACAAUAUGGAAGGUAUCAUUGCCACCGUCCGCGCCGCAGAAGCCAAGAAGUCACCUGCCUUGAUCCAACUAUUCCCAUGGUCAAUUGAAUACGCCGAUGGUCUACUUCUACAUGCCGCUCAGGAGGCUGCAAGCAAAGCAUCAGUCCCCAUAGCAGUACACAUGGACCACGCGCAAAGCCCCAAGAUCAUCCGGCACUCAGCCGACAUCGGUGGCUUCGACGGUAUCAUGGUCGACAUGUCCCACUAUGAGCGUGAGGAGAACUUGUCCUUGACCAAGGAGCUUGUGCAGUACUGCAACGAGCGCGGUAUCAUCACGGAAGCCGAACCAGGCCGUAUCAAUGGGUCUGAGGACGGCAUCGCCGACACAGUGGAUAUGGAGGAGAUCCUCACCACCCCAGAACAAGCCGAGCAGUUUGUCGCCCUGGGCAUCCACUGGCUCGCUCCUGCCUUCGGCAACGUCCACGGCCAAUACGGUCCAAGUGGGCCACAGCUUGACUUUCCGAGGUUGCAGCGCAUACAUGAACAGGUCGGAGACCGUGUGAGGCUGGUGCUGCAUGGUGCUCACGAGAAGUACUUCCAAAAGGACCUAAUAGCGAAGUGCAUCUCGUACGGAAUCGCGAAGAUGAAUAUCAACGGACCAGUGAAUGCUGCAUUCACGGAAGUCGGGGCACGGUUGACAGGGAAGGUGCCCCUGACGAAGGUGGUAGAGGAGCAGACGAAUGCGAUGCAGAGGGUUAUCGAGGAGAACAUGGAUUGGCUGUUGUCUUCGGGUAAGGCAUAG